CUUCCGGGUUGUCGAAAGCUUCCUGGACACGGAAAAAUAGAUCCUGAAUAUAAGGUAGAUAAGAAUUGGAUUAGACACUUUAGAUCUUUGGUUUGGAACUAUUCAAAACAAACUACCUUGAUAAGAUUUUUGGAAAGAUUCACGAGAACUAUGACACCCUAGACAUGCUAGACGAAGUAUUAGCACAUAUUUGAUACUAAAGUUGUCUACAAAAAUCAAAAUGGCAGAAAAUGGAAAUCCUGAGUAUGUGUGUACACUGAGUCCAGAACUUGUGAAGAAAGCACAAGAAGAACUAAAUGAAAAACCAGAAUGGAGAAGUCGGGAUAUACAAGCUCUGAGAGAAAUGGUAGAAAAGGAAAAAGCUUUAAGAAUUCGUACAGAUGACGCUUUCUUGUUACGUUUCUUACGAGCCAAAAAGUUUGACUACGAAAGAGCAUUUAAUCUGAUUAUGACGCAUUUCAAAAUGAGAAUCGAUAGUGCAGAACUAUUUGAAGGGCUGCGUCCUUCUGCUGUAAAGCAAGUUUUAGAGGCUGGCGUAACUGGCGUUCUGCCUCACAGGGACAAACUCGGACGAAGGGUGAUUGUAUUAAGGCCAGGUAAAUGGAAUCCAAGCAAAUUUGGAAUCAAUGAUGUAUUCAGAACCAAUUUUCUUACUAUGUCAAGACUGAUAGAGGAUGAGGAGACACAGAUUAAUGGUUUAGUAAUGAUGAUGGAUUUAGAUGGUAUCGGAUGGGCUCAUGCAAAGAGUAUUUCACCAUUGUAUGCUCGUAAAGUCAUGGGUUUAAUACAGGAUGCAUUUCCAGCCAGAUUUAAAGGUAUGCAUUACUUCAACGAACCAACAAUCUUUGACUACAUCUUUGCCAUUGGUAAACAGUUCAUGAAGGAGAAAACAGUUUCCAGGUUACAUUUCCAUGGAAACAGAUAUGAAGAGCUUAAAGAAUUCAUAGAUGAAGAAAAUAUUCCUGAAGAUUAUGGAGGGAAAGGUCCAAAAUAUUCAAAUAAGGAAUGGAUGGACGAACUGUUAAGGCUUGAUGCACACUUUGACAAUGAAGCAAAAUAUGGACUGGUGGAUGGUAAAUUAAAGAAACCCACGAUGAAGGAAGAUGCUAUUGACUGUAUGGUGGGAUCCUACAGGAAGUUAGAUGUUUAAUACUGACAAUUUUAUCUUAGGAUUUGUUAACUAUUACAACUCAUCACUAAAUAGUUCUUGUCUAGGAGUAUAUUUUACCCUGUUUGAUUAUGAAGUAAUUUCCUCUACACCUUUUUUCUGACAUGUUCAAGCCCUUUUAUGAAUUUGAAAUUCAAAAAAAUAUAUACUUCCACCUAUUUAUAUGUCCGGUUUUGAAAAGAAUUAAUCGAAUGUUACUACAAACAAUAAAAUCACUCUAGUGAAAACAGGACUAUAAUAAAUAAUACAGAAUUGGCUAUGUUAGGAUAUGUAGUGUUUCUGUUUUUCUAAUUAGGCACUUGAAAAUUGCAAUUAACACUUUUCACAUUUAAUGGGUUCCGAAGCCCUUUUCUGGUUUAUCUUCACCAAAUUAUCAUAUUGAUGUCAGUUAGCAAAAAAAUGGUUAGUUAUAAUGAGAGUACUGCUGUUUUUGUUAUUAUACGACCGCAAAAAAAUUUUUGUGGUCGUAUAUUGGUAUGACGUUGGCGUCGUCGUUGUCGUCGUCGUCCGAAGACACAUUGGUUUUCGCACUCUAACUUUAGUUUAAGUGAAUGGAUCUCUAUGAAAUUUUACCACAUGGUUCAAUACCACAAAAGGAAGGUUGGGAUUUUGGGGGUUAUGGUACCAACAGUAAAGGAAUAAGGGGCCAAAAAGGGGCCAAAAAUAAGCAUUUUUGUAACUUCCAGACAUAACUUGUGUGUUAGUGUAUGGAUCUCUCUGACAUUGUACCACAAGGUUCCAUAUCACAAAAGGAAUGCUGGGAUUGAUUUUGGGGGUAAUUGCCUCAAAAUUUUAGGAAUUAGGGGCCACAAAAGGGGCAAAAAACAAGCAAGGGAUUUUUUUUUUUUCCUUUUUUUUCUUUUUUUCCUUUUUUUUUUCUUUUAAAAUUUUCCAUUUUAAGUUGGUUAUUUCUGAUUUAUAUUUAAAAGCAAAUAAUAAUGAUAUGGUAGGAGAUACACACCAAGCAGGAUGUGUAAAUUAUUAUAUAAUAAGUAUUGUGCAAUAGCAAGAAAUUUUCAAUUGCACAGUAUUGCACAAUAGCAAGAAAUCUUCAAUUGCACAGUAUUGCGCAAUAGCAAGAAAUCUUCAAUUGCACAGUAUUGCGCAAUAGCAAGAAAUAUCCAAUAGCACAAUAUUGCGCAAUAGCAAGAAAUUGUCAAUUGUACAGUAUUGCGCAAUAGCAAGAAAUAUUUAAUUGCACAGUAUUGUGCAAAAGAAGAUACUUCGUAUAAAUUUCUUAUUUCUUGACCAAUUUCAAUGGGGUUCUUUAAUAUGCUGAAUCUAACCGUGUAUUUAGUUUUUGGAUUUUGGGCCCCGUUUUUAAAUUGGUCCACAUUGAGGUCCAAAGGGUCCAAAAUUAAACUUUGUUUGAUUUCAUCAAAAAUUGAAUUAUUGGGGUUCUUUGAUAUGCCAAAUCUAACCGUGUAUUUAGAUUCUUAAUUUUUGGUUCCGUUUUCAAAUUGGUCUACAUUAAGGUCCAAAGGGUCCAAAAUUAAACUUAGUUUGAUUUUAACAAAAAUUGAAUUCUUAGGGUUCUUUGAUAUGCUGAAUCUAAACAUGUAUUUAGAUUUUUGAUUAUGGGCCCAGUUUUCAAGUUGGUCCAAAUCGGGGUCCAAAAUUAAACUUUGUUUGAUUUCAACAAAAAUUGAAUAUAUGGGGUUUUUUGAUAUGCUGAAUCUAACCAUGUAUUUAGAUUUUUGAUUUUUGGGCCCCAUUAUCAACUUUGUCCACAUUGAGGUCAAAAGGGUCCAAAAUUAAACUUUGUUUGAUUUCAUCAAAAAUUGAAUUCUUGGGGUUCUUUGAUAUGCUGAAUCUAACCAUGUAUUUAGAUUUUGGAUAUUGGACCAUAAUAGUUGAAUGUCCAAUUUAAAAUUUUUAAGUUCUUAGACCACAUUCAUUCUGUGUCAGAAACCUAUGCUGUGUCAAAUAUUUAAUCACAAUUCAAAUGCAAAGCUGUAUCAAGCUUGAAUGUUGUGUCCAUACUUGCCCCAACUGUUCAGGGUUGACCUCUGCGGUCGUAUCAAGCUGCGCCCUGCGGAGCAUUUUAUUUGCAUUGCUAAGUAUAUUUUCUUCCUUCAUACAUGAACAUUGUCCCUACAUGAAAUUUACAAUCAACUACCUCUGUUUGAUUAUGUUGUGUUUUUAUGUACACUUACAGUUUUUUGUUACACAUAUCUUAUGUAUUUACAUAUCUUUUUAUUGAUGUUUGGUCAGCUAUGUAGACUUAUAGCUGGUCAGUUAUGUAGCCAUUAAUUGAUUUAUUAAAUCUGUUUUUUGUUGCUGUUUUUGUUAUACAUGUAAUUACUUGAAAAAACACCGAUUACUUCUAACUGUUGAGGGUGGGGUAGGGGGUAUUACAAAUAAGGACACUAAACUCUAUAAAGUUACUUUGAUGUAAAUUUAUUACUUCUGACUGUAAAGGUUGGGUUUUACAAUACAAACAAGGGAACUAACUCUUUAAAAUUAUUUAGAAGUAGAUCAUGUAGAUUGACUUUUAGGUGUAUUUUACAAAAGGAAAAUAAUUCUUUAAAGUUAUUUAGAAGUAGAUUGACUUCUAGGUGUAUUUUACACAAGAGAAAUAACUCUUUAAAGUUAUUUAGAAGUAGAUUGACUUCUGGGUGUAUUUUACACAAGGGAACUAACUCUUUAAAGUUAUUAAGAGGUAGAUGGACUUAUACACAAGGGAACUAACUCUUUAAAGUCAUCUGAAUGUUUUAAUGACUUUGUAACAUGGACAAAUCUUUCUUAAAUUGUGGAAUAUCUCUUGAUUUAAUAAUAGGAGGAUGUAAUGUCUCAAAUGAAAUGAAUAACAAUACAAAUGAAGAAAAUUAAACAAAAGGAAUAUUAUUUAACAGAUCUGUUGGAUACCCCUCAAUUGUAUAUAUUUAUUAUGAUGAAGUUGCUAGAUUCAAACCAAAGUUUGAAAUCCAGAUUUUUAAUAAUUUUUUUAGUUUAUUGGCAUUUUAUAUUGAAAUGUACAAUUUGGUGAGUUGAUUUUAAGUUCUUUUUCCAAUGAUGGAAUUUUUAUAAUGUAUAUACAUGUAUUUGCAUACAUAAUUAGCAUAAAUCUUGUGUAAUCAGUAAAAAAUAAUCAAUAAAGAAAAAUUAAAGUUGUAAUUCAGAUGAAACUUAAUUCAUUUGCAUAGUGUUUUAUUGAGUGACAAUGAUCUAAUUGAAGGUUUUUUUGAUUUGUUGAAACCAAUUGUCAUUUUAGAAUUAACAUGUUUCCAAUUCUAGAUUUAUUUUGGCAAAGGGAAACAUCUCUAAAGCAGGAUAAAUUGUGGUUCCUGUGUUGUCAUAAAAAGUAUCAGUAACAGACCUGCCAACUUUUGAAAAUCCCCUCAUUGUGCACGACCAGAUUUUUUAAGGGCUACAAUUGAUGCGGCGUUUCUGUGUGCAUUUGAGAUAGUCUAAUAUCUCUUCUUUUUUCUUUUGAUGUACUGAUGAUGAGCUAAUAAGUCUUGAUUUCUUUUAUUUGCAUGAUUCUUGUACUUAUUAAUUGGCAAAAUAACUUAAGAAUAGAGAAAAAUGGCCUAAAAAAAUAAAAGAUACAAAGUGAAGACCCCCCUCCUUUUCCCCCUCCAAAGACCUUCUUAUCUUUGCACCAUGACUCAAAAGACCUAAACCUAAAUAUCUCAAAAACCAAAGCAGUUAGAGCAAAUCUGACAUGGGGGUAAAAGUGUUCAUAAGGUAAAGUUCUAUCAGCCCUUAAAUUUUCAGAUGAAUCUAAAAACCCAUUGUUGGGUUGCUACCACUGAAUUGGUAAUUUUAAGGAAAUUUUGCAGUUUUUGGUUAUUAUCUUGAAUUAUAUUUAAUGAUAAAGAUAAACUGUAAACAGCAAAUAUGUUCAGCAAAGUAAGAUCUACAAAUAAGCUAAAUGACCAAAAUUGUCAAAUGUGUCCUUAAGGAGUUAUUGCCCUUUAAAGACAAUUUUUCACAAUUUGUUCAUCUAUAGUUUGCUUACUUUAAAAAAUCUUCUCCUUUGAAACUUGGGCUGAAUGAGUUUCAGAGUAUCUAGUAUAAAUUUUGAAUUUUUUUUUCUUGUACGUCGAGAAACAUAGCCACUAUGGCUAAAAUGGAACAUAGGGGUAAAAUGUAUUUCUUUGCUUUUGAAGAAAAUAUGACAGAUACAAAGACCAUCUCAAUGGAAUUUUUCAGCCACUCAUUAAUAAAUAUUAAAAAGCAAAAAUAAUCAUUGAUGAAAGAUUUAAACAAAAAAUUACAGAUGAGCGAUUCAGGCUCUUGAGAGCCUCUUGUUUUAUUUGAAAAUGGCUUAUUUUUUAUGUGUUUUUUUUUUUUUUUUUUGUGGUACAGAACUGUUAUGAUCUCAUUAUAAUAUGACUCAAUACUAACUUUUGUUUUCAUUUUCUAUAUUUUUUCUGAUUUUGGAUGGAAAUUUUUUAAUAUUUUGUUGAAGUUUACCUUGCUAUAACGAAUCCAUUUGUUUUGAUGAUAUUUAUUAUUUAGAAAGUUUGUUUUUUUUAUUUUAUCAUAUUUUUUCUUUUUUAAGGAGGGAGGUUGAGCUUCUUAUUUUAAUUAACAAAGAUUCUUUUUUUACACUUUAGAAGUUAUUCAAGAUCUGUUUUGUAUUAUGGGUAUACUGUAUAACGUCUAUGAUUCUUGUAUUAAUGUGAAAAAAAGGAAGCAUGGAUUAUUAUAUCUGUUUAGAAAUCACAAAUUUAAUUAUGAAAGCAUUAUUUGUUUGCAGCUAUUACUAAAAUCAAAUUGAUUUUUUAAUUGUUUAAUUUUUGUCUCAUCUUUGUUAAAUGUGGCAGAAUGCAAGGCAAAGGAAUAAGUACUUCUUGGCGGUGGUAUUAGGCAUACACUAUUUGUUAGAACUAUAAUAUUUCUGAAGGUAUAGGUAUCAGAUCUAGAUAAUUUAUAUCUUAUAUAGAUUGCCUUAUGGUCUAAAGUUUCAGGCUGGAAUUUGCCAGUUGCCAUUGACCUCAAUUUGUUGGUUCUGUAGAUAUAUAGAUAGAUGCUGUACUGAUUAUUUUAUUACUGUGGAUUCAUAUAUUUUCGUGGAUUGAGGAGAACGAGUAUUUGAUUUCGUGGUUUUCCAAAAGUCUGCACAUUUUUAUAAAGCAAAUUUAUAUUUCGUUGAAUAUUUAAAUUCUGACUUUCAUUAUAAAAUUCAGUCAUAAUCAGUAAAGCUGACAAUGCAUUUCAGUGUAUGCACUCAUGUUUUCUAGUGUUUUAGAUGUGUAUUAGAGAAUGCCUGUAUACGUAGUAAGAUCAGUAGUUUACAAAAAUUCAUUAUAACCAAGUAUAUUUACUUGAGUGAUAGAUUAAAAUUCACUUAAAGUUGAUAAGCUGUCUAAUAAUGUAUGUUAUAGAAAUAUUGUUACCAUUGUUUUUGUAAUUUUGUGAGCAUUAUUUUUCUACAGAAUAAAAUUCAUUACUGGUUUCUGAUCAGUAAUAUAAAGAAUA